AUGGAGAUGAACUUGUUGAUUUCUGGGGUGGAAAGGGUAUACACUCAUUUAAAGUUCUCGGACGUGGCUUUAGCCCUAAUAGGGCUUUUUCUUCUCAGUUACUUGCGCGAGAAGUUAGUGAGCAAAGGCGGGCCAGUGAUUUGGCCAGUGUUGGGAGUCGCACCCACGUUAGCCUUAAACAAAGACGAUCUGUUAGGGUGGUGCACGAGGUGCCUGGUCAGAGCCGGCGGGACGUUUCAUUACAGGGGAGUUUGGUUCGGUGGGGCCUACGGUAUCAUGACCGCAAACCCCGCGAACGUCGAACACAUUCUCAAAACAAACUUCAGAAACUACCCAAAGGGCGAGUAUUAUAGAGAGAGGUUUCGUGAGCUUCUCGAAGAUGGGAUCUUCAACGCUGACGACGAGCUGUGGAAGGAGGAGAGACCCGUGGCGAAAACCGAGAUGCAUUCUUCGCGUUUCUUGGACCACACGUUUACUACGAUGAGAGAUCUCGUGGAACGUAAGCUGGUGAAACUGAUGGAGAAGAUGGCUGCUUCGAAGAGAGUCUUUGAUCUGCAAGACGUGCUCCUUCGUUUCACAUUCGACAGCAUAUGUAUCUCGGCCUUUGGGGUUGAUCCAGGAUCGUUGGCGGUGGACUUACCGGAGAUUCCUUUCGCUAAGGCUUUUGAGGAAGCGACAGAGUAUACACUCGCUAGGUUUUUGAUGCCUCCUUUCGUGUGGAAGCCAAUGAGGUUUCUAGGGAUAGGACACGAGAGGAAGCUGAAAAAAGCGGUUGGAGUGGUUCAUGCGUUUGCUAACAAGACAGUGAGAGAGAGGAGGAACAAGAUGAGGAGACUCAGGAGCUUGAACGAUUCAUCUGAUCUCUUGUCACGCCUUAUGGAGAGAGAGCACGAGAAAGAAGAAGGGGACUACUAUUCAGACAAGUACUUCAGAGAGUUUAUCACGAGUAUCAUCAUCGCGGGCCGAGACACCACGUCAGUGGCUCUGGUCUGGUUCUUCUGGCUAGUUCAUAACCAUCCUCAAGUCGAGAAGAGAAUCCUAAGCGAAAUCAAAGAGAUUCGCGAGAAACUUGCACCACAAGAAACGUUCAGUGCACAAGAGCUUAACGAAAUGGUGUAUCUGCAAGCUGCUCUAACAGAAUCGCUGAGGCUUUAUCCUUCGGUGCCGGUGGAGAUAAAACAAGCGUUAGAAGACGACACAUUGCCUGAUGGGACAAGGGUAAAGAAAGGCGCUAGGGUUUUCUUCUCCAUCUUCUCCAUGGGGAGAAUAGAAUCGAUUUGGGGGAAAGAUUGGGAAGAGUUCAAACCAGAGAGAUGGAUCAAAGAAGGAAGGAUUGUCAGCGGAGAUCAGUUCAAGUAUGUUGUGUUCAAUGCAGGUCCAAGACUUUGCGUUGGCAAGAAGUUUGCUUACACACAGAUGAAAAUGGUGGCUGCAGCAGUCUUGAUGAGGUAUAAGGUCAGAGUCGUAGAAGGACAGACUGUUGUACCUAAGCUCACCACCACGCUGUACACGAAGAACGGUCUGCGUGUUACCCUCCAGGACCGCGACGUGUAA